AUGUCGCCCUCUACUCGAGCUCGCUCAUCCGCUCCUACGACACCCACUACUGGCAGAAUAAAUAAUCAGCUUCCUACGCCUGGGAGUAGUUCUCGGAAAUCCCACCAAUGUCGCACUUGUGGCCGCCCCAGAGUCGGUCAUCCUCGCUCGGGUUGCCCCUACGGCGACUCUCCCUCCUCUGCUCGUAGGGCAGAAGGCCGAGCACCCGAUUUGACGGCAGCCCUCAGCUCACUGUCGAUCGAUAAUUUCGCAGAGGCCAAGAGUUCUACCUCUCGCCGUCGAUCUAAGCCCAUUGAGGCCAGUCAAGCAAGUCUUGCCUCUCUUGACGCCGAAUCGAAGGAGAUCCUAAACGGUCUCUUCCAGCAGCAGCCCACACAGCAGACGGGCGGAGACACCGAGAGUGACUCCGAUGGCGGCGAACAUUCUCCCUUGCGCAAAUGGCGCCAAGGCGUUUCUACGCCGCUGAAGAGCAAGCGAGAGGAGAUCAUGCCCGGCACUCUUCUCACUCCGCAUUCCACCAUCCUAGCCACUGAACCCUCAUCCUCCCAGGAAGAUCCUUAUCAUGGGGCGAAGACGGAUGUGGAAGAUGAGGAUUGCAUGCCGACGCCACAGAAUAGUCAACGGCUCAUUCGCUCGCUCAGCGUCGAAGAGCGUGCCGCCUUUCUCGAUGGACUGGCGGAGAUUUCCAGAGCACCACCCGCCACGGUUUACAUCGUGCCUCUGGUUGAUAUUCCGAUAAUGCAGGCUAGCGCUAGGAAGGUCGGCUUCUGCACGCGUGCGGUGCCGCCUAUUGAGGGAUCGAAGGAGGAUGAAGCAUUGUUCAUCAUUGGGAGGGACGAAGCAGCCGUGGAGAGGUUACGUACCGAGUUAGCGAAGGAUGUCAAGAAGAAGGGUAGGGUGAGUGCGGUCCAGUUGGCUGGGGGUGCCAUGAUGGGUGCCGUAGCGACGUUUGGCACCUUGGCUUUUUCUUGA